AUGGGUCUCCUUAGCACGGUUUCCAGCUGGGCGACCCUGCCAGUUCUUGGCGGAGUGAUCUGCCUCUGUUUCAUCAUCGACCGACUCGUCGUGUACUUCAAGUUCAGGCACAUCCCGGGGCCAUGGUGGACAGGUCUCAGUAGCUCUCCUCAUAGCAAACACAUUAUGGGCCCAAGAGUUCAUGAGUGGUAUGCUGAGCUGAGCGAGAAAUACGGCCCAAUCGUCCGCGUCGCCCCAGGCAUCGUCGUAACAUCCUCUCCCGACCUCUGGACACACGUCAACAAGAACCCAGCCUACAAGCGCACCGACUGGUACUACCACGCAUGCCGCGUAGAAUACCGUCGCGACAAUGUCUUCACGCAGACAGACAACGCGAAGCACGAUGCUCGCAGGAAGCAAAUGGCCCCAGGCUACUCCGGCCGCGAGAAUCUCGACCUUGAACCCACAAUUGACGCCCGCCUAAACGACCUGCUCACCCUCAUCCGCACAAAGUACCUCUCCACCGAGUCCCGCAUCAUCCCCAUGGACCUCGCCAAGAAAGUGCAGUACUUCACCCUCGACGUCAUCUCCGACGUCGGCCUGGGCAAGACCUUCGGCAUGCUCACCGCCGACGCCGACGUCGACGGCUACCUCCAGUCCGCCGAGCAGGGCCUCACCGCCGCCAGCUUCGCCCUCGCCUUCGGGCUCAGCUGGCUCGCGCAAGCCCCCGUGAUCGGGCGCUUCCUCGCGCCCUCGCCGACAGACGAUAACGGCUUCGGGCGGAUGAUCGCGGCGUGCUACCGCGACGUGGACGCGCGCGCGGCGCGCGAGACGGACAAGAAGUCGGACAUGCUGGCGUCCUUCAUCCGGCACGGGUUGAGCGGGGACGAGCUGCGGAGCGAGGCGUUGGAGCAGAUUAUUGCCGGGUCGGAUACGACGGCGGCGGCGAUUCGCGGGACGUUGUUGUUGAUUAUGACGAAUGCGAGGGUGUAUGCGAAGCUGCAGCGGGAGAUUGACGAUGCGGUAAGGGACGGGAUUGCGCCGGCGAAGGGGGAGGGGCUGGUUUCGUUGGAGCAGACGAGGCGGUUGCCGUAUCUGCAGGCUGUGAUUCGAGAGGCGCUGAGGGUGAAGACACCGGUGGUGAAUAUCUUCGGGAGAGACGUGCCGGCUGGGGGCGAUACGGUCAAUGUUGGCGGGGAGAGCGUGUAUCUGCCGGGAGGGGCGUGUGUCGGGUACUCUGCGUAUGCGAUGCACCACAGCAAGGAGACGUACGGGGAGGACGCAAAGACGUUCCGGCCGGAGAGGUGGUUUGAGGAGGAUGACGAAAAGCUGGCUACUAUGAAGAGCGUCAACGAUCUGGUGUUUGGGUACGGGAAGUUCAUGUGCCUGGGCAAACCUGUGGCGCAGAUUGAGCUUGCGAAGACGAUAUUCGAGGUAUUCCGCAACUUUGAGCUGGCCCCAAUGGAUCCGGCGCGUCCUUGGAAGGCGUACAAUGCGAUGGGCCUGUUCUUCAUCAGCGAUAUGUGGGUUCAGGUGAUGGAAAGGAAGUAG